AUGGAGUCUUGGAAAAAGGGUUCUGAUUGUUGUUCGUGGGAUGGGGUCGAUUGUGACGGAGAGACGGGUCAAGUAAUUGGACUUGACCUUACCUGUAGCUGGCUCCAAGGCACCAUCCAUCCUAAUAGCAGUCUCUUCCUCUCUUUUCCUCACCUCCAAAAGCUCAACCUCGCUCACAAUGACUUUUCCAUGUCUCCCAUCUCACUUGAAUUCGCUUGGUUCACUGAAUUGACACACCUCAAUCUCUCUGACUGUCGUUUUUCGGGCAAAGUCCCAAUAGAAAUUUCCUUCCUAAACAAAUUAGUCUCCCUUGAUCUCUCUGCAAAUGAUGGUUUGAGAUUGGAAGAAGGCGGAUUCGAGUUAUUCAUUCAAAAUUUAUCCAAGUUAAGAGAUCUUAAUCUUGACGAUGUAAACAUGUCUUCUUCGGUGGUUCCAAGUUCCUUGCUCAAUUUGACUUCUUUAAGAACCCUUCAUCUCUACUCCUCUGGUUUACAUGGAAACUUCCCUAGUGGAAUGUUUCUUUUACCUUAUCUACAGGAGUUGGACCUAGGGAACAAUCAUGCUCUCACAGGUUAUUUACCCGAUUUCAAGAAUUUGAGCUAUCCUCUCCAGUACUUACGUCUCGCAAGGACAGGUUUUGCUGGAGAAUGGCCUCACUCAAUUGCUAAUCUGAAGUCCUUGAAGGUAUUGAUACUCUUUGAUUGCGAUUUCCAUGGAUCCAUUCCUACUUCUCUUUGUAACCUUACACAUAUUACUUAUUUAGACGUCUCAUCCAACAAAUUCAGUGGUAUCCUACCAUCUUCAAUUUCAAACCUUAGAAAAAUCCUUAUAUUGAACCUUUCAUAUAAUAAUUUCGGAGGUUCCUUCUUUUCAUGGGAUGCAAACAUGACCGAAAUUGUGCUUUUGGAUGUGGCAAAUAAUAUUCUCACUGGUUCUCUUCCUUCACAAGUAAUUGUACCUCCAAAUCUACUCGUUUUCAACAUAGGCCGAAACUUGAUCAACGGUACAAUUCCAUCUUGGGUCUUCGAACUACCUGUACUCGCUUGCUUAGAUCUCAGCUAUAACAAAUUGAGUGGGCAUACACUUGAGUUUCAGUCCACUUGGCUGGAGAUUAUUGAUUUGAGCAAUAACAACCUACUUGGUAGUGUUCCAAAUUCAACCUAUCAACUCCAAAGCCUUACCCACCUCAUUCUUUCUUCAAAUAACUUUUCUGGCCCUGUUCUUGAAUCAAAUAGAUUCAGUGAAAGUCUCAUAGUGCUCAAACUACAGGAUAAUAACUUCUCUGGCACCAUUCAUGAUUCAUUUACCAUGGAAAAUCGUUUGAAAACUAUCAAUCUUAAUGGAAAUGGAUUUAAAGGGCCAAUACCGAAGUCUCUGGUUAACUGUAGAAACCUAGAAGUGCUAGAUAUCGGAAGAAACAAGUUCUUUGACAAAUUUCCGCAUUGGUUGGGAAAUUUACCAAACUUGCAUGUCCUAAUCUUGCAAUCCAACAAAUUCCACGGUUCCAUCGUGACUUCCACUCUCGAAUUUCCCUUCCCCAUGUUGCGAGUUCUUGAUAUGUCGAACAAUCAUUUCAAUGGUCCAUUGCCCAUAAAUUACUUCAAAAGUUUCAAAGCAAUGAUGAAUGUGGAUGAAAUGCAUUUUGAUUUGGAAUAUAUGGGAACUAAUGGUUAUUGGCAAAUUUAUUAUGAUUCUUUGACUAUAGUACUCAAAGGAUCGGCCAUUGAAAUGACAAAAGUCCUCAAAGUUUUCACAGCCAUUGAUUUAUCAAGCAACAAAUUUGAGGGUGAGAUUCCUGAUAUCAUCGGUGGGCUAAUUUCGAUUCGAGGAGUGAACUUAUCACACAACAGCUUCACAGGUCAUAUACCAAAGUCACUUGGUACUAUGACGAAGCUUGAAUGGUUAGACCUUUCAUCAAACAAGCUCACUGGGGAGAUCCCUCCACAACUCACCAAUUUAAUCUCUCUCGGAACUCUCAACCUUUCGCAGAAUCGCCUAACGGGACCUAUACCUCGAGGCAAACAAUUCGAUACAUUUUCGAAUGAUUCUUACAUCAACAACUUGGCGUUAUGCGGACCUCCAUUGACGAAUACAUGUGGCGAUUCUAAGGCAACACAGCCACCACCAUCGACAUUUGAAGAAGAAGAUUCAGAGCCUGUAAGUGGAUUUGGUUGGGAAGUCAUAUUGCCGGGCUAUGGAUUCGGACUGGUAGUUGGACUUGUCAUGGGAUAUCUUAUGUUCUCGUUUGGUAAACCUCAAUGGCUUGUGGAGAUGGUUGAAGGUGUAGGAAACAGAAAUGGAAAGAGGCGGAAAAGCAAUGCUUGGAGACGUGGAGAUAUGGUGGAAGAGGCAUCACUACAAGAAAAAAUAUGGGUUUCUGCCAUUUCUCUGAGGAAAAAUUUUGAUUGUAUGAGGAUUGUACAGGCGGGCCACAGCGUAUAUCCUUCUAUCUCCUCGUUCGGUAUCAAGUCUCCUGUUAAUGCUUCGGGGUAUUACCGAAGCAAGCAUUCCGUUAAGGUCUCUGGAAGGAGUGUAGCAUACCAAGAGGGGACCAGGAGCGAUACAUGGCAGAUAGGAUCACCUAGGCCAGGUUCAGAGGCGGGUGAACGGAGCAACGGAAGAGGAAUACGAACUCAGGUCAAGAUUCAUCAAAUAAUAGUCUCACAAGUCCUGUUCCGUCACAAGGCCAUAACUUCAUCAGUGGUAAAAUUUCUUCUUGGGUAUUCAGUUCUUAAGCACUGGAAUUUGACAGUUUCUUCUUGGACUGAACUUAUUUUACAACAACCUUACAGGUCAUAUAUCACAGGUCCUAAACCUUUUGCAUGA